AUGGCGACGGAACGCUCUCUUGCUCGCCUGCUACGAUCGCUUCAGGCGACAUCUAGUUUUGAAGAUGCGGCUGGUCUUCUUCCAACCGCUACCAGCUUUCUGUCUGUCCUCAGCAAUCCCUUGAACUUGACUCUCCUCGCAUCGCAACUUCUCUCCGCGCCAGCUCUCUGGAAUCACCACGUCGAUUUACUAGCAUGUCGCAAGAUCCUCAGCGUCUUUAACACUGCCGCUAUCGCAGUCCUACAGAAUGAUACCACUGAUGAGCCCCGUAUGCCGUUCGGACGGAAUCGAAGCCUCGAUCGCGAAGCAUGGGUUAAGGCCGUGGUGCAAGGCGCAGAUGACAAGUCCCCACGGUGGAGACAUAUGCUCCUACUUGGCGGCAUACUGCUAGGAUUCGAGGGACAGAAUCGACAGGGUCUUCCAUGGAGUAUUCGCACAAAACUGGAGUCUGCAUUGGCUACAGCAGCUCAAUUAGCGCUGGAGGAAACAGGUCCAGAAGCUAGCAUAGAUGGUCAUUGUAUCGCUAUGGUACUGAACUACACAUUUGAGCUCUUGUCUGAUCUUGAACGAUCCAAACUCAAUUAUGAUCGAUUCUUGCCUAUAAUGGUGCGCUCCGCUUUUCUAUCCUCAGAGGGACUUGAAGGAGGUUUCUUCCUAGGUGCUAUCGAUGAGGAUAUCGUCGAGGGAGCCGGGAAGAAAUUCACGUGGCAAGCUGGAUCUGCUACAUUUGGCUACUUUUCAACCAUCUCCAAUCGCCCGUUGGUUGCGGCGCUGGGUCCUUUGUCCAGAUUAAUCUCACAUGCUGUGGAAAAUUGCCGGAGCCCGCAAGUGGUUGCGCAAACGAUUGAUUAUUUGGCCGAUUUUGUUCGGACUCUCAUGGUUCAAUGGCGGCAAAAUAAGCUAUCGGAAGUUGAUGUCGCUGAAGAGAAAGAUUUCCUUGAUGCGGAAUCUUUACAAACAACAAUACCUGCUCUCUGGAAAGUGCUCCGGAAUUGUCUUUACUCUGUUGUCAUUGUCCUCCGCGCUGUGCUUGGUAGGAUGAUCAACGAUCCUGCUCUUGCAGCAGAUGGUAGCGCCCCAUUCCUUUCCAUGCAAUCCCUUCAUAUCCUCCGCAAUCUUUAUUUCAUUUCCUCUCGCACUGGCCAGAACGGGUCCUCGCAGCAAACCUUUGUUCUCUUGGCGGCUAUCGACAUCCUUUCGCAAUACCCCGACUUGGCAGAGAAUUUCUUACGCAGCAUCAAGCCAAGUGACAUCGGCCAGAUUCCUGAUCAUCCGCUUGAGCGAUGCUUAGAUCUUUUCUUUUUGAAUACAGCUGAGCAUUUCCCGUUGAUACUGUCGCCACAAGUUAACGAGGAAUUGUUAUUAUCUGCCGCCUUCCCAUAUCUGGCAGCCGGUGCAAACAGCAAUCUCUUGGAGAUUUUUGAAGCAGCUCACAGCCUGGCGCUUGUUGUCUUCGCUAUUCCCCACAAUUCCGAGCUGGCUGCUCGACACCUUCCUUUCUAUAUUGACAAUUUGUUUGCUGUAUUCCCCGAGAACCUGUCAGGCAGGCAAUUCCGCCUUGCAUUCAAAACCGUUAUCGAGGUCACAGCACCCCCGUCUCCAUUAGCUAAUAGCCAACCCAUGCUUCCUUCAAUUCUACUUGAGGUGGUUCGAGAUCGCGCUUUAAAUGCUCCGACCACACCUAUCGUCCCAACAGCCGGAAAUAGCUCUUCCGCUGAUACAGGCAGCGAACUCCCACUCUCUGCACAGGCUGUCCUCACUAUGGCACUCAUUGACUCCCUAUCAUUCCUUCGAGUUGAUGACCUGGACGAUUGGCUUCCCCUUACUGCACAGCUCAUUAAUUCGAUCGCAGAUCGGACUAUGCGUCACGCCUGUGUUGAUCGCUUCUGGGAAGCCUUGAGCGGUGGUGAGAUGGAUGUUGACCGGGCUCAUUGCUGUGUCAAUUGGUGGAGUACUCGUGGCGGUCGCGAAUUAGUUCUAUAUGGAGCUGAGCCUGCGCCCGGUGCUGGUACUGUUGCGGAGUCUGAGGAUAGUGGGCCAUUUAUGAGUGGUGCUGUUGGUGAUGUAGCACCGGAAAGUAAGCUGUGA